UCAACUUGAAAAACAAUGUUUGUGUCAUAACCACCCUAUUCCUCACGUUGAUGUCUGUGUGUGGGGAUAGAAACAUUCCGUUUGAACAUUCCCCCUGAGUAAAAGUCUGCACUUGGGUAUUCUUUUGGGUGUAAUACACAUGUUACAGUUGCACCUCUCAGUGUGUGAUGUUGUCAUAUCCAAUGACACCUAUAAAAGCCCAAGCAAAUUAGCUCACCCGUUUUAAACGCCAAGUAACCGUUACAAGCAACUGUUCCUACCGUUCGCAAUGUUUUUAGUUGAAAAUGGUGCCAUUCAUUUUUCCCAACCGGAUCCGGAUUUUUUAUCAUUGCCCACACCGUCGGAGCGCCAUAUGAGCAUAACUUCCAAUGCCUUGAGUGAUGUGCCCAGUGAACUUAUAAUCAAAUCGCGUAUAAAAUAUGGCAGCAGAUGGUCAGCAUGCCAGGGUCUUAUGGCUGAGUAUUCGAAAAGUACUUCGGUGCAUGGCUUACGUUAUAUCUUUGAAGUACAUCGGCCGUUUUAUGAAAAAUUUUAUUGGAUUGUCCUAAUGCUGAUCUCAUUUUAUUUUGCCGUUUCGCUGAUGUGGGACACCUAUUUAAAGUGGCUGGAUUCACCGGUGAUUUUGGGCUUUGACGAAACCCUGGUGCCAGUUAGUAAAAUACCCUUUCCCACCAUAACCAUUUGCCCCGAAAUCAAAAUGAAUCGUGACGAAGAGUUCGAUUUUACAAAGGUUGCCGAGAAAAUUGAAGCCGAAAUUGAGGAAUACGAAAGUUUCAAAAACUCGGCAAAUUUAACCGAUGAAGAAUUGCAAAAAUUCGUGGCCACCUUGCAGAUUUGUGAAAGUGAAGUAUUGGAUAAGUUUUCACCGUAUAUGCCCAAAGACAUGCCGGUUGAUGUGCCCCAGACAUUGGUGGAUUUGGCAUUGGUUCCCAAUACAACGUUGCCGUUUUGCAGAUGGAAUGGUCGUUACUAUUUCUGCCAUUAUCUUUUCAAAUAUGUCCUCACCGAUGAGGGUAUUUGUUAUCAAUUUAAUGGUUUACAUCCCAGGGACAUCUACAGAGAUCCCAACUACCUCAGCUAUUCGGAUAGUACUGAAAUCGACUACAAUAAUUAUUAUGACACAGAAUUGCCAAGAUAUCAAGAUGUUACAGGAAAUUGGUCUCUGAAUGAUGGCUAUAUUAAUCAGGGAUUUAAUGCAUAUCCUCAAAGAUCGGUGUUGUCAUCGGCCAGAAAUGGCCUUUUUGCAUUCUUGAUGGGUUUCGAACAUAAUUUCGACUAUACUUGUCGUACUUUUAAGCAGGGUUACAAAGUUUUCCUGAACUCACCAGACAGUGUUCCGCUGACUACGGGCAAUUAUAUACUGGUAUCGCACAAUGAUGAUAUCUUGGUCUCGGUUCUGCCUCAAUAUGUUACAUCGACAGAAAAUCUACAUCAAUUCGGGCCAGAGAAGAGACAAUGUUAUUUCAACGAUGAACGUUAUUUGCGCUACUUCAAAUCGUAUUCCCAGAGUAACUGUCAAACCGAAUGCCUGGCUAAUUUUACCAUAAAUAAAUGUGGAUGCGCUAAGUUUUGGAUGCCAAAACCUUUGGAUGUGCCCACUUGUGGCCUAGCUGAGGUUAGCUGCUACAACCAAGCCGAGAUUGAAAUGAACCUGAUAAUAUCGAAUCAAACCAAACAGAAAACGGUUGAUCCCAGUGUUGCAAUAAUGUGCGACUGUAUACCGGCCUGUAAUUCAUUGGAUUACAAUUUUGAAAUUUCGCGAUCGUAUUUUGAUUUUGAAAAGACAGUAUUGGCGCAAAGAGAUGAAUACGAACACGAUGAUGGUCGUGGUGCCCGUUUGUCGGUUUACUUCAAGGAAACCCAAUUCACUGCCAUCAAACGUACUGUAAUGUAUGGCAUCACCACUUUGAUUGCCAAUUGUGGUGGCAUUUUCGGUCUUUUUAUGGGAAUUUCCAGUUUGAGUUUAAUUGAGUUUAUCUAUUUCUUUUCGGUGCGUUUGUGCAGUAAUUUGCGCAAGAGAAGCUUAAUCAAGAAGAAAAUACUGCAACAGGAGGUGGACAUUGGUGAUGAGUAGGCGAGCUAUCGUCGCUAUCAAUUAUGAGUUAUUUAAAAAUAUUGUAAAGAAAUAAAAUAAAAGGCUUAUUAACAAGUAAAAAUGUAUCAGUCGGUU